UCGACUCGACCAACUCUCGAAUGUGACAUGGCGUCCAUCAAGAUAUAGCACGGCCUUCUAUAAAACUGUUUUAAUGACAGUGAUAUCUUUUAGCGUUUUAUUUCAGAGGCCGUAAUAAAUCGUAUAUUUGCAUUGAUGGUAAUGCAUGCAAGGAAACCGCAGCGAAUAAGCGAUGGGUACUUUGAGAAGCACCAGGCCCAUCCGUAUCAGAAGUACAAUCCCAAGAGAGUUGCUAAUGAGUACGGCGCUUCUGACAACCGCUAUCCACCACUUAGAUCCCCCAAUGGCAAUGUGGUACAUGGGCACAGUGGGCAUGGACUUCACUCAGGCCAUGCCCAUCACCACUACAAUCACUUGGUCGACGAGAGAGAAUAUGUCACAUCAAGAAAUUCCUAUAUGCAGAAAGGUUCUGAAAUUAAGGAGAGAGAUAGAGACUACAAAUCCUCUAGAAAUAAGUAUACAGAUGUCAGGUCACCUAAGGAGAAACGUAGCAAAGACAGUGAGAGGGAGAAACUUAUACAUGAAAGAUGUGAAACGGAGAAAAAAAAUAGGACUAGUGGCAUGAAUAGUAGUGUUAAUAGAAGUAGUAAAUAUGACAAGAGAAGUGCUCCUUCAUCAAGCGUGCUUUCAGGCAGUGAAUGGUCUGAACACAUUAGUUCAUCGGGAAAGAAGUAUUAUUAUAACUGUAUCAGUGAGGUGUCACAGUGGGAGAAGCCUCCCGCUGUGGCACAUGAGUGGGACCCGAGAAGAACUUCAUCCAAAGAUUCUACAUAUUUAUCAAGAGGCAGUCGUGAUAAAAGGUCAAGUUCAAGGUCAGGCAGGAGAGAACCAGAUAAGUCAAAUAAACGGACAAACAGUACCUCAGAUAGGUAUUGGAACAGUGGGAGGGAAGAAGAUGGGCACGACAGGACGAGACCAAAGCGCCCAAUGUCACAGCACGACGGGAAAGAUGGCCAAUCACAAGAUAUGGACAUAUCCCCGGACAGGAGUACGCCGAUCUCGGAGAAUUCGUACGGUGCACGGGAGAGCGCAACACGCAGCGACUCCAAUGCCGUGCCCCCAGUCGUCGUGCUCGAUAACUCUAACAAACCGAGCGGCUCGUUGUUGGCGGCGGCGUUGCCUCGUAUCGUCGGUAUGCCGCCGAUGUCGAUGUCGAUGUCGAUGGCUCCUGCGGCGGGUGGCAGCGGCAUGGGCGCUGGCCCGUACGUCGCCAACCACGGGGCGUCGCCGGGCAGCGGCGCGGAUACGCCCCAUCGGGACGCGGGCCCGCCCACUCCCACGCACUCCGAAAACAUCGACCCGCACGCGCCGCCCAUACAUCUCGAUAGUGCGCUGCCUAGGAAAAUGGAGUGCCUGGGCAGCUAUUCAUCUGUGGUGGGUUCUCUCCACCACGGGACCCCUAUGUUGACGCCGUCGCUAGUCAACUAUGUGCGAUCAGACCUCACCCCUCACGUGCUCGGUUGGCCGGCGGACAUCCUCGAAAAGCAGGCAAACAAGUUCACAGAGGAAGCUUAUCAGCUGGGCUGCUUGCAUUGUACGCGGGUGUCGGCGGAACUCAAGUGUUCGCGCUCAAUCGUGCGCCACACAGAGAUACAGGCUACACUACAGGAACAGAAGAUUAUGUACCUGCGGCAGCAGAUCACCCGGCUAGAGGAGCUCAAGUCGCAGAACUCGUUCAUGUCGGAGGACUAG